AUGAACUGUGUUUGCCACCUGGUCCUGGCCGUGCUAAGCCUGUGGCCAGGCAGGGUGUUUGCCCCCGGGCCACCUCCUGGGCCCCCGCGGGCCUCCCCAGACCCUCGAACCGAGCUGGACAGCGCCGUGCUCCUGACCCGGGCCCUCCUGGCAGACACCCGGCAGCUGGCCGCGCAGCUGCGAGACAAAUUCCCAGCUGACGGGGACCACAGCCUGGACUCUUUGCCCACCUUGGCCAUGAGUGCGGGGGCGUUGGGAGCCCUGCAGCUCCCGGGCGUGCUGACACGACUGCGGACUGACCUGUUGUCCUACCUGAGGCAUGUUCAGUGGUUGCGCCGGGCUGGCGGGCCUUCCCUGAAGACCUUGGAGCCUGAGCUGGGCUCCCUGCAGACCCGGCUGGACAGACUCCUGCGCCGGCUGCAACUCCUGAUGUCCCGCCUGGCCCUGCCCCAGGUGCCCCCAGACCCUCCGGCGCCCCCACUGGCCCCUCCCGCCUCAGCCUGGGCAGGCAUCAGGGCGGCCCACGCCGUGCUGGGGGGUCUGCACCUCACCCUUGACUGGGCUGUGCGGGGGCUGCUGGUACUGAGGACUCGGCUGUGA